UAUCAUAACAAAGAAGAGAAACUAAAAAGAGCAGCUACGGGUAGAAUGAGAUCCCCAAAAAUUAUGGGAUUAGGGCAUUGCAUGGUUUAUGUUGUGGUCUUUAGCGCCAUCGUAGCUGCAGCUUACCCAUAUGAAUCUCCCCCAACAACACAGAAAUAUCCCCCAGUCCAUAAAACCAAAUCACCAUAUCCACCCAAAAAGAAUUCCCCAUAUUACUCGGCACCACCAUCUCCUCCACCACAAUAUAGAAGACAAGGCCCUAAAUAUACACCACAUCCAAAACCAUAUAUCUACCGUUCCCCACCACCUCCGUCAUACUACUCUCCUUCCCCGAAGGUCGAAUACAAAUCUCCACCACCGCCUUACCGUGUACAGCUCCCCACCACCUCCGCCAUACUACUCACCUUCUCCGAUGGUAGAGUACAAGUCUCCACCACCUCCAUAUGUCUACAGCUCCCCAUCACCUCCGCCAUACUACUCUCCUUCUCCGAAGGUAGAGUACAAGUCUCCACCACCUCCAUACGUUUACAACUCCCCACCACCUCCACCAUACUACUCUCCUUCACCAAAAGUAGAGUACAAAUCUACACCACCUCAACCAUACUACUCUCCUUCCCCAAAAGUUGACUACAAGUCUCCACCACCGCCAUACGUCUACAGCUCUCCACCACCUCCACCAUACUACUCUCCUUCCCCGAAGGUAGACUACAAGUCCCCCCCACCGCCAUACGUAUACCGAUCUCCACCACCGCCACCAUACUACUCUCCUUCCCCGAAGGUAGACUACAAGUCUCCACAACCACCAUACGUUUACAGCUCUCCACCACCUCCACCAUACUACUCCCCUUCCCCGAAGGUUGAAUACAAAUCUCCACCACCGCCUUACGUCUACAGCUCCCCACCACCUCCACCAUACUACUCUCCUUCUCCAAAAGUUGACUAA